ACGUGACGUGUCUCGUAGAGCUGAAGCGUGAUGACGUCACACGAGGCGGGUCGUGUUACUGUAGUUCUGUUUCCUUCUUCCUUGUUCUUUGCUUCCCAUUAACCGCCGGUGGAGUUCGGGGAAAUAAGCACAAUGUCCCAUCAAACGGGCAUUCAAGCGUCGGGGAAACUGAAAGACGUCUUUGCAAUUGCAAGGAACGGUGACUAUCGACUGGUGAAAGUCGUCAUUGUAGAUGAGCAGUUGGAGGUGGGGGAGGUCCAGAAGAUCGGGGACCAGCACUGGGACCAGGAUUAUGACUCCUGUGUCUUGCCUGUCCUGGAUAAGGACCAGCCGUCCUACAUCUUGUUCCGGCUGGACUCCACCAAUAACCUGGGAUACGAGUGGCUCUUCCUGGCCUGGUCACCUGACCAAUCCCCUGUGCGGCAGAAGAUGUUGUACGCUGGAACGAGGUCUACGUUGAAGAAGGAGUUUGGAGGGGGCCACAUUAAGGAUGAGAUCUUCGGCACGACAACGGACGACGUCUCUCUGAGCGGAUACAGGAAGUACCUGACCUCCCAGGCCGCCCCCCUCCCGCUGAGCGCUGCAGAGGCGGAGCUAAGGCAGAUCAAGCUGGACGAGGUUCAGACGGACAUCGGCGUGGACACCAAGCAGCAGACCCUUCAGGGCGUGGCCCUGCCGCUCCACCCGGACGCCGUGCGAGCUCUGGAGCGGUUCGGCUGCAAGGAGCUUAACUACGUUCAGCUUGAAAUCGACUUUGAGAACGAGAUCAUAAAGGUGUCGAGCACUGUUGCCACGGAGUUAGCCGACUUGCCGAAGAGGAUCCCAAAGGAGUCGGCCCGAUACCAUUUCUUCCUUUAUAAGCACAACCACGAGGGCGACUGUCUAGAGUCCAACGUCUUCAUCUACUCCAUGCCUGGGUACUGUUGCAGCGUUCGGGAAAGGAUGCUGUACUCCAGCUGCAAAAGCUCCCUGAUCGACAUGGCUGAAGGCAAGCUCAAGGUGGAAAUAGAAAAAAAGAUUGAAAUCGAUGACAGCGAUGAGCUGACCGCUGACUUCCUGUACGACGAGGUUCACCCGAAACAGCACGCGCACAAGCAGAAGUUUGCCAAGCCGAAGGGGCCUACCGGUAAGAGGGGCGGCCGCAGGAUGAUCCGCCCUCCGGGAGAGGACGAGGACGAGGACUAGGCCACCCCUUGCCUGCGGUGGAACAUUCCACUUAGCAAGUCAAACCUGUCCAUGGAACAUUCCACUUAGCGGGGGGGGGGGGGGGGGGGGGGAGGAGCCAUUUUGAGACGAGCCCCGUGAGCUCCACCGAAACCCACAAAGUUCACACCUAUGCACACGCACCACACAAGCUUCCGUCUGGAGUUUGCUGUACCGUGUACACGCGGAUUACGGCACACAGCUGUUUUUAUUUUUAAAAAAGCCACUAAUGAAUUUACACGGGUUCGAACAUUUCUGCACCGUUCGUCGUUAGGAUACGGGGGGUCGAAUGGAAGCCUACGGGAAUGUGUGUGAACUGAUGGGUCAAUACACUGAAAAGCAACUAACCAAUUCAAGUCUUAAAGCGUGCUGUUACUUAUUUGACCAAAUUAAGUUUAAGAUUCCAUUCUUAAACGUUACAGGCUAGUUUUCAUUAAAAAAUGCUGUUUGCAGCAUCCAUUGUUGUACUGCGGUUCUUUUUCUAAUAACACUGGUUUGACAUAACCGGGGUUAACAGAACACAUCACUGCUGAAAAGUAAUUAUUUUUCUAUGCAUGUACUGUACAUGACUGUUUGUUUUAAUGGAGUCUUGUGCCAGAACAUAGUAACUGUAAUCUUGAGCGAUUGUUUUGUGGACAGAAAGUCUUCUUCCUGAAUCUCAAACUGUUGACACAUUUCAAAUAUGCAAUAAAAGGUGCAGCCACUGUU